GGGCCACACCGUGUGGCAUGGCAGUGCUAUUUGACCCAGAAAACUCCUCAAACCUCACUCGAUUGACACAUUUCCACAUGUAUGUACAGUUGAUUUAAAUGAAUUUAAUGUAAUGUAAUACAUCAUUACGAUAUAUGUGACGAUGCGUACGUGCAAAUCGUGUGACAGUGCGUCACAGCAGUCUGAAAGCAGCGCUGAUCCUUGUAUAACGGCGUCCUGCAGCCGAAGGGGAGGAGUCCGACUUAACAAGACCCGCCGUGUUGUGUUGUUGUAAAAUUCAACGUUUUAUUUACGCUUUACAUUCCCAUGCGCACCACCGACUUUGACAAACAUACAGCUAAACACCACUAUUCGCAAACGGAAACUAAUUCUGAAGUAUAUGGAGCUGGAUCGGCGACUCUUGUUGGCUCACUGCGCCGCCCACACCCUCUCCGUUGUCGCCGGACUUUUGGUGGUCGUACCGCUCGCACUCAACGGAUCAGCUUUUAAGGGGAGGUGUGCGUUGUUUAGCCAAGGGUUCUGGCGGACUGAGAACCUCACGGUAGGCGAAGGGGAGUCUAGAGAAGUCAGUCACCUAGUGGUGCAACAAUGGGGUCCCCCGGCAGCCUGCCAGUUCGCCACAUUUGUGGGUGUGUUCACUGUGUUGUACGGCGCAGUUCAAGGCUGGAGGAGCCUGUUUUAUCUGCACCGCCGGCAUGACGACACGCUGUUCUCCGCCUUCCUCUCACUGCUGUUGAGUCUGUGUGUGCUCUUCCUCUCUGGAGGGGCCAGUGUCACUCUCACGCUUGGCCUUGUGUCCUGGUGCAACACGGUCACGGAUCACAACACUCGACCCUACAGUUGUGCCGAGUCACAGUCUGUUCCUCUUUAUCUGGAUGUCGAGACGUCCUCUUUCUACUACGAGCUCAAUUGUGCCCAGAUCUCUCUGUGGUUCGUAACAGCUCUUUGGUUGGCUCAAGCUAUCUUGUCCUUCCUGAGGCUCUACAAUUCUCACAGUCAGCAUAUCGGGCCAUGUCUACCUCGUGAGAAGGAACUUCUCCUGGGCCAAACUCACGUGGACUGCCCUCACCAUCAUCCGCAUCCACACUCGCACCCCUCACACACACCCAGUGUUUUUAUUUAGCCAUAUAGUGUUCACUGAAGUAUCUUUUCUAGAUGUGUCAUUUCUAUAAUCGGAUGGAAGGGGAAAGAUCAGUGUAAAAGGGAACUUCUAAUUUAAGACAAAUAGACAAUCGCCAUAUUUCUCAUGCAUGUCACACAAAGAAUAACCUCAUUUCAGUGUUUAGCUUAUAUGCACUUACUCUGAAAAGCUUAUCUUGUAGUUUGUAGUGCUUUUAUAAUUGUGACAUUAGUUCGUCAUAAACUCCUUGACUUAAAAGAGUUUACAUGAGGUCAUAGGAUUCCAAAAAUAUGAUACACAUUGCACUACUGCAUCUGCAAGAAUUUUCUAUGUUGUCGUAUAAUGUGAAUUUUAAAGCGGCUCUACCACACGCGGUUUCUGCCAAUCUCAUAUUAAUCUUGAAUACCUAUAGAGUAGGAUUGCUGGGAUGGCUCCAUAUAUCAGUUUCAAACGAUCUCCAAAUCCAGCGUUAUAUCCACCAUUUAUAUAACAUUCAUCACCCAAAUGCAGUGAACAAACAAACACCUUCAACUUCGCGAAUGUAUGCUCUCUCUCUCUCCUGCACACAAGUGAAAGUGACGUCUGCGCAUGCUCCUUCUCCUGCUCUCCUUGCUGCCGCGUGGGAGUGCCGCGUGCUUUUCCGGGAGAAUUGUCCAAUAAGGGACUAAGAAAAAUUGUUACGAAACAGUUUUAUGUGUUCGGAAAAACCUUUUCGAAACCUGUACGAUCGCUGGGGGAGUGUAUCGAGCACAGAAAUACUACGUAAUACGCCCAACUCGUUUUGUGACAAGUUGACCAUGUUAAGCAUGAGAAGACAGCACGUUUAACAGUGUAAAGAAGUCAGAAUGUAUGACACACCGCUGCACCACCCCUUUAAGUAAAUGGGAAGGAAAGGCUGUUGCACGUGCUCAAGCCAGACCCAUGCUUGUUUUGUACCGUGAAUGCAUACAAAAUACUGUAACUUUCUGCAGUCAUUCUCUUUCUUACCCUAUGAAGGUUUUUAUAUGAAGCUGUUUGUGUUGAUGCAACCUCCUUGUAAAACAUUCACAUUUGUUGGCUAUAGCACUGUUUGUGUAUGUGAAGAAACAGACAAGGAAAGCUGGAAAAACAUUGUGGAAUGUUAAGAAUGGUGCUCAUCCCUUUUGAACCCUGAACCUUUGACCUGGAGGAUUGUUGUGAAAUACAAACAGCUGAUUGAAAAACAGAGAAAUGAUAAGAGAUGUUCAUUUAGGGUUUGAAAAUAUGAUUAUUGCUACUGCUGUUGUUUUAUAUUGCUGUUUGUAUGUAUUAUGUGCUAUUUAUACGCUUUCAUUAAAGGUAAUCAAACAUGUCUUGCUAUUAAUCAAACUGGUUUUUAGAU